CUUGCCCUUUCCCCAUUUAAGGUGGCCCCGCGGGAUGCGCGGCGCGCAGGAGCCUGCUGCGGGCGGCCUUUGGCGCUCUCCCACCCCCGGCACGGGGUGGCCUUAAAUCGGCUCCGCGCCGCGCGUAGCCGCAUCUCCGGCGCCGUCUGAAGGCGGUCGCCGCCAUCCGCGCCGACGGGCCGGUCCCCGUCCCGGGAGUCCCCGUCCCCCGGCGGCAGGGAGGACCCACCUCCGCCCGGCGGCGGGCGAUGCUCCCCUGGCAGCCCCCGGCCCGGUGCCGCCCCUCGCCCGGCGCUCCCGCAUCUCCGCCGUGACCGGCGCGUCUCGCCAGGUAGAGAGAUGCCUGGGCAUUGGAAGCUCUCUGCAGCAUGCUGAGGAGACGUAACCUUCUGACCACGAUCCUGAUUGCCUUGCCAUGGGCUCUUCUCCUAACCUUGUGGCACCAGUACCCAACCACCCACUACCUCAGCCUGCUGAGAAAAGAGACAGAUGAGAAUGUGACCUCUAAAGCUCUCCUCAAUGGUACCUCUGCACUGAGAGAAGGCAGCCUCCCAUCAUGCAUUCGGCAGCAGCAAAGCACAGGGGCAACACCGAGAGUCAUCCAGAGCUAUGUGUACUCCAGGCCUCCCCCAUGGUCAGACACCCUGCCAACCAUCUUUGUUAUCACCCCUACCUACACCCGUCCAGUGCAGAAAGCUGAGCUGACCCGUCUGGCCAACACCUUCCUACACGUGCAGAACCUGCACUGGGUGGUAGUGGAGGACUCGCCCCGCAGGACCAACCUGGUAUCCAACCUGCUGGAGAAGGCAGGACUCAACUUCACCCACCUCAAUGUGGAGACACCCAAGAGUCUGAAGCUGGGUCUGUCCUGGAUCCCGUCCCACACCCCAAGGGGGACAUUGCAGAGGAACCUGGGACUGCACUGGCUGAGGGACAGCUUCAGCAACACCGCACCGCCAGAAGGGGUAGUGUAUUUCGCUGAUGAUGACAACACCUACAGCCUGGAGCUCUUUGAAGAGAUGCGCUACACAAGGAGGGUGUCAGUCUGGCCUGUGGCUUUCGUUGGGGGGCUGCGAUAUGAAUCCCCCAAAGUGAGCCCAGCAGGGAAGGUAGUCGGCUGGAAAACCGUCUUUGACCCAAACAGGCCCUUUGCUAUUGACAUGGCUGGGUUUGCCAUCAGCAUCAAGCUGAUCCUGGAGAAGCCUCAGGCCAGUUUCAAGCUGGAGGGAGUUAAAGGAGGCUAUCAGGAAACCAGCCUGCUGAAGGAUCUAGUGACUAUGGAUGGGCUGGAGCCCAAGGCAGCCAACUGCACAAAGGUGUUGGUGUGGCACACAAGAACUGAGAGGCCCACUCUGGUUAAUGAAGGCAAGCGUGGAUUUACAGACCCCAGAGUAGAGGUGUAAGCAGAGAGCCAGCUCCAGGGUAGGCAGCGGGCAGUGAUCGCUCCCAAAGUCUGUCAUCAACCCCAGUGGCCUGUUCUGCCCAGCUCUGCUUCACUGCUGGAGGAUGCUAAACACCCCCAAACCUCGCCACGCCGAUCAGCUCCCACUGCCUGAAAGGUGGUAACAAGCAGGGACAGAGCUGAUGUGGUGCCCUGCGAUCCUACAAGCUCUUCACCCUUGACGUCAUGCACUGGCUCCCAUUCCCCACUUCGGAGAGGAGUGUUUCCCUUCCCCUGUGGGCUCUGUGUUUUUAACUACUCAUUAGGAUUUAUUACAAGUGAUCUCCAUUCUUGGCUGUGCCAGCAUAGAGGCUGAAAUCCAGGAUGGGUGCAGGUGCCUCUGAAGGUCUCUCUGGGAUAUUGUAAAGCCUAAGCUUCAGUGCAGCAGCUCAGAGCUGCAGUGGUUCAAGAGUUAGCCCAUAAGCACAAAUGUGGACCUGCUGGCCUGAAGGUGGUACACUCUCAAAACAGCUUUAAAACAAAGCUAGCCCAAGAGAGGGUCUCCCUCCAAAGGAUGGACAUAGAUACCGACACAGAUCAGCCUUCAGUACUGGAGAAGGACCAGUGCUGAAGGGGUUUGGGAGCUCCAAAGGGACCUGGUGCCUAUGCCACAGCUGAGAUCUUGAACUGCCCUCACUUAAGGUUGGUUUGGAAAAUGCUGCCCCACAUCCCCAGGCCCAGAGCCCCCUGGAUGAA